AUGGUCAUUGAAAAUCUACAGAUGACGCCCCAGACUGCGCCGGCUGGUGCGGGCCGGAGCGUUUCAGACAGGCUCGUUCACAGCGGCUGGCUCUCCCAGACCCCCUUCGCCCUCCGCGCAGCCUCCCCCGCAGUGGCCACUAAGGACGUUUCCGACGAGCUGGAGCAUGCUACUGGACUUGAGAGAGAGGAGCUGGCCGCUGAACUGGAGGGGAAGGAGCGUUUUGAGCUGGAACCUCCUCGCGGACCCUUCGGAACAGAGGAUGCUCCUGCGAUUGUGGAGGCUCAGUUCGACGAGCGUCUCGUCGGCUGCUCUGGCGGGGUUGGCGAGGAGGAGCAUGAUGUGGUGUGGUUCAAGCUCGCAAAGGACUCCAACCACUCCUGCAGCGUCUGCGGCCAAGUCUUCAAGGUAACAAUGGAGGCAUGCUGGGACUGUUUUCUUCGCAUCAUUCCUGCAGCGUCUUGA